AAAGAAAAAAUGGCUUCUCUUUGUCUUGGCUCUCCUCUUAUUUACAGAAAUGCCCCUCUAAGAACCAUGACGAAACGACCCCGUGCUGCUCCCCGUUUCGCUUGCCCCGUCGUCGCUAAAACGACGUCGGCUGAGGCUGUCGUUGUCCGUCGGUCCGGAAACUAUCGGCCUUCACUUUGGGACGAGAACUAUAUCCACUCUCUCGAGAACAAAUAUGCCAAACAAAACGAAAUCCAAGAGAGGGCUAAGUUAUUGAAGGAAGACGUGAGGAAGAUGCUAUACGAAACUGAAGGUCCUCUCAAACAGCUCGAACUCAUCGAUGCUGUACAAAGGCUCGGUCUUUCUCACCAUUUCGAUCACGAAAUCAAAAGCAUUUUAAUGGAAAUUCAUGCGAAAAGACAAGGAAACAAUGGCAUGAGCAAGAAAACUGAAGACUUAUACUCGAUUGCGCUCGAAUUUCGUCUCCUUAGACAACAUGGUUUUAGUGUCUCACAAGAUGUUUUUGGUUUUAUCAAGAACGAGAAGGAGUAUGAGACAUUCGUAGAUGGUUCAGACAGCGGUGUCAAAGGUCUACUCUCUCUAUACGAAGCUUCGUAUUUAUCGACAAAAUCAGAUACUAAACUGAAGGAAAUUCGAUCUUAUUCGAUGAAGAGACUAAGAGAUUUUUUUAUCGAAAGCGAAAAAAAUAAUGAGAGAGAAUCAUAUAAUAACGAGAUGGUGUUCCGAUCAUUGGAGAUGCCAUACCACUGGAGAACACCGAGACUAGAAGCAAGAUGGUACAUGGAUGUCUACGAAAAGACAAAGGACCUGAACCCUCUUUUACUAGAAUUCGCCAAGCUUGAUUUCAACAUUACACAGGCUUCUCACCAAGAAAGCCUCAAAGAUGUUUUCAGAUGGUGGAGCGGCACGGGACUCAAACGACUUCAAUUCGCGAGAGAUAGAAUUCUUGAAAAUUAUUUUUGGAACGUAGAAUUAUUCCAUGAGCCUGAAUUUGCGUACCAUCGGGUAAAGCAAACCAUGGUUUACGCGUUAAUUACAACCAUUGACGAUAUCUACGAUGUUUACGGCACAAUCGAAGAACUUCAUCUCUUCACCGAGGUUAUCCAAAAAUGGGACGUGAAUCUUCUUGACAAACUUCCGGAAUAUAUGAGGUUGUGUUUUCUCGUGUUGUACAACGAGAUCAAUCGGAUCGGACACGACAUUCUUAGAGAUAAAAAGUUCAAUGUCAUCCCUUACCUUAAGAAGGCUUGGGCCGACUUGGUGGGCGCAUAUAUAAAAGAAGCGAAGUGGUAUAGAGAAGGAUACAAACCUCGGUUCAAAGAGUACAUUGAAAACGCUUGGAUCUCAGUUGGCGCACCUGUUAUAUUGAUUCACUCUUACUGCAUAUUGUCCGAACCGAUCUCCAAAGAAACGUUAGAGGCUAUCUCCGAAAACAGUGACCCUAUCGUCCGAUCCUCCUCCAUCGUCCUCCGUGUCGCAAAUGAUUUGGGAACUUCACCGGAUGAGCUGGCAAGAGGGGACGUACUGAAAUCCAUGCAGUGCUACAUGCAUGAGACGGGGGCUUCGGCGGAGGAGGCACGUGAGCACAUGAUCAUGGGAGUGAUCAGCGAUGAGUGGGACGUGAUGAACGAAAAGAUAAUGGAGCGGAGUUCUCCGCUCGAUCGCCGUUUCCUUCGGACAGCCCUUGAUCUGGGACGGAUGGCACAGUGCAUGUAUCAGUACGGAGAUGGCCAUGGUUCCCCUGACAAGGCAAAGACCACCGACCGUGUCCAGUCUCUGAUCUUCGACCCCGUUCCACUCGAUUGAUAAUUAUAACCUCUUUUGGAGUGUUA